AUGCCUCAGCAGAUGUUGCUCCUAUCCAUGGUAUCCAUGUGGCUUUUAGCCGGCUACUUCCUUGCGGAGGCAACAUACUACCAUCCCCGCGACUACAACCACCAUCUCGACUAUAAUCAGCAUGUCAAUAUGGACAAUCAGCUGCCACCCGAGGUUGAGGUCGAGAUCCCCCCUCACCCAGCUAACUUCAGCCGAACAUUCUACGGCGUCAUGUUUGAUGCUGGAAGCACUGGUACCCGCAUCCACAUCUACAAGUUCAUCCAGAAGGACCCAGUUGAGUUGCCGGUGCUUGACAAUGAGAUGUAUCAUGCGGUGAAACCUGGCCUGUCAGCGUAUGCAGAUAUGCCUGAAGUGGGUGGUGACACCAUCCGGCAGCUUUUGAAAGUGGCGAAGAAAACAGUUCCCAAAGAAGACUGGAAGAGGACCCCAGUGGUCUUGAAAGCCACAGCUGGACUCCGAUUGCUGCCUGAAGAGAAAGCCCAAGCCCUUCUGAGGGAGGUUAAAGACGUAUUUAAUGAGUCGCCUUUUUUUGUGCCGAACAACAGCGUCUCCAUCAUGGAUGGCAGAAAUGAAGGCGUCUUGGCAUGGGUAACAGUGAACUUUUUGACAGGACACUUGUAUGCCAAGAGCAGGAGAACGGUUGGCAUUUUGGACUUGGGUGGAGGAUCUACUCAGAUCACUUUCCUUCCAAAAUCUAAGAAAACUGUGCUGAACGCUCCACCAAACUAUAUUGCUAGAUUCAACAUGUUCAACAACACAUAUGAGCUCUACACCCACAGUUACCUUGGAAAUGGACUCAUAGCAGCUCGACUGGCUACCCUCGGGGCACUUGGUGCUGAUGGUCUUGACUGGAAGGUUUUCACCAGCUCCUGCCUACCCAAGAAGUUCAGAGAAGACUGGACCUUUGGUGGGAUCACUUACAAAGUCAGUGGUAUCCCAGAUGGUUAUGCUGGUUAUAAGCUGUGUUACCAUGAGGUAAUGCGAGUGAUAAAAGGGAUUAUACACCAGCCUUACGAGGUGAAGGGAAGCAGCAUUUUCUACGCCUUCUCCUACUAUUAUGACAGAGCUGUGGAGUCUGGCCUCAUUGAUGGUAGCCGAGGUGGCGUCGUAGAGGUCAGAGAUUUCAAGAAGAGGGCUAAGGAAGUGUGCAACAAGAUGACCAAAUACCGUCCCAUCAGCCCUUUCCUCUGCAUGGACAUGACAUAUAUCACCUGUCUCCUGAAAGAGGGAUUUGGCUUUAAGGACAGCACUAUGCUACAGCUCACGAAGAAGGUGAACAACGUUGAGACGAGCUGGGCCUUGGGCGCUACUUUCGAUCACUUCCAAAACCUGAACAUCCACUAA